AUGAACUUUCAAUCGAUCAACAGUCAUAUUAAAGAGGAGUUUUCUGAAUGCUCUAGUGUGAAGGCUAGUCAUACCUCUCAUAAAGCAGGCAAAGCUAUCACUAUAAACCAAGAUGUCUUAUUAGAGAUUCUUGAGGAAAAUAAGCAACUGAAGGCUAAAGUAGCGAAUUUAGAGAAAGCCCUCUCUUUGAUGAAAGAGAAGGAUAUUUUUAACACCAAAUAACCUUAGUUUCGAUAUUGACAAAAGGAAAUUAAAGAAACUCCAAAAGUUCCGUGACCAAAUCAAUGAUGAGAACAUGAAUAAUAGCUAUGUUAAGAUUGAGAGGGAAAGUGAGUCUAUCACAAAACUUCUGAAGAAAGUUGCACCUAAAAUCCUUAAUAUGAAUACCUCUAUGAAUACAGAUAGGGUUGCGCUACAUACUGCUAAGAACUCUAUAAAGCAUUGUAAAUAACCAUUUGAACAACAUUAACAAGGAAAAGCAAAAGUUCAAAAAGCAGUUGUAUAAAUUGAAGAAAUUAAGCAGGAGUCAGGAAAGGAUGAUCAGAAGUAUAAGAAAGAAGAGUAGUUUUUAUUAA